UAAAGAAUAAAACACUCAAUUUUAUAGAUUUUACGAGAACUAAAUUUUGAAUUUGAUAAUCUUGAAAGAAGAUCGACAAAUGGAAAUGGAGCAGAUGGUGAUAAUGUUCGUCUUUGGACAAAUCAUCGAGUAAUGGAAUGGCUCAGAGUAGUUGAUUUAGCGGAAUAUGCUCCAAAUAUGAGAGGAUCUGGAGUACAUGGAGGUUUGAUGAUUUAUGAAGGCAGAUUUACUUCAGAAUUAUUGGCCACGUUACUUAGUAUUUCUCCAGGAAAAACUCUUCUUCGUAGACAUUUAACUACACAUUUUAAUCAAAUUCUUGGAAGAGAAGUCGUACAAAGAAAAAGAGAAAUUGAGAACACUCCUGGAUUCAUUCCACUUACGCUUACCGCUCGUUUAAAGGUACCUAAGAAAUCUCAGUUUACUUUAAAACGCAAAAAAAGUAAAAAUGAAGCAGAUUAUGGUAAUUUGGUCUGUCCUCUGGAAAUUUCACCUCCAGGUACUCCAUCGACUCCUACUUCAACACCAGGCAGUCCUAAUUUGAAUUCACCAACAUUUUAACAAUCACAAAUCAUAGUCUUAUAUAUUAAUCAAAAAAUAAUAAUCAGAGAAGAAUGAUUGGUUGCAUUUGAAAAGUAUAAUUGCACCUAUACAUAAAAAAAGUGUUCUAGGGACCAUCAUUUUAUCUCUUUAGUUUAAGUCUUAUUAUUUAAUUUUGAAUAAUGAAAUAUUGAAUAAUGAAAUAUUGAAUAAUGAAAAUAAAUAUAUUAAUUGCAAAAAAAUAAUUCUUUUUAGAAAUAUUUACAUUUAUGUUUUAUUUAUUUAUUAUGAUAUAUACAGUAAAAAUACUAAAUUGAUAAAAAUUGAAUAAGACUUAACCAUGUAACCAUGUAAAAAUACGAAUAAUUAAUGUAUUUAUAAAAAAUAAACAAUAAAAUGUAAAGUGUAAACAAUAAAUAUAUAUUAUGUUUACACUAAUAUUAUACAAUAACAACUAAAGUCAUGAUUUUUAUAUGUGUCAUAUUUACAUCAAAUGAACAAUUUGUACAAUAUGUACAUUACAUACAAUACAUAUGUACAUUAUCAAUUUUUCUAAGUGGCCUAUGAUUAUAUUAUCUUUGUAAUUUUACUAUAUAUUCAAUUAUAUUCAAAUUUGUAUUCUUAUACAUAUAACUAGGUUAUUAAAUAUAUUAAUUAUCCAAAAUUU